UAUAGCUACUUUAAAUACUACGUUAUGCCUUUUAGGCUAGUAAACGUACUAGCGACCUUCUAUGUAAUCUUACUUCCCUUUAUUAAUAAAGUACUAGAGAAUCUUGUUAAUAAUAUUUAUAUUGUAUAUCUUAAUAAUAUCCUUAUUUACUUUAUAAAUAAAGAAGAGUAUAUAUAG